AUGAACGCAACUUCGGAAGCCACCGAAUCGAUGAUGACGGAAGGACAGAAGUCAAUUUACCUGUUCCAUGCGUUACCCAAGUCAUGGAAAGAUGAUCUCCGUGUUUGGAAGGGUCAACGGAAGUAUAUCCCGUAUGGAGAACUAAAGGCCAACAUCGAACGGAAGGUCCGCGAGAUCCGCGCUGAAGAGCGCUACACACGAGCCAAGGGAACGCCCGAGAGUCAAACGACGAAGAACGAGCGGGCUCUUGUUGCUCAGCCCAACUUGACUCAGUCUAGUGGAGCUAAUGUGUGCACAUACUGUGAGCGUCCGCGCCACAACAUUCGCCACUGUCGCUCUCUGCAAAAGGAUCUACGCGAAGGCCAUGUGAAAGCUGGCACGGUACUUCCCGCGAAUUUCAUGUUUAGGGGAGGCAACUUGAGCCACAACCACCCGUACCGCCAAAACAACAAGCGAUCUAAUCGUGGCCAAAGCAACCGUGGUGGACGCAACAACCGUGGGUACCGUGGUGAUUGUGAUCGACGUGACAACCGAUCUGACAAGGGCCGAGCCAAAGACAAUUCUGGCGACAAGCGCAAGGAAUUCACCCAAGAGCGUCGUGAUGUCGGGCUUAUUGCUGUUGUAGCAACUGUGCAUCCUGUGAUCAGCCUGACUGCCCAAGCCACUGCCAGCCCCGAACCCACCUGGACAAUCGACUCUGGAUGUACGCGUCACGUUACGCACGAAUCCCAGUGGUUCUCGACCAUAUCCGCGAGCAACGGUUCAAUCACCGUUGGUGUGAAGAACCAAAUCCCCAUCGAAGGAAUUGGCAAAAUUGAGCUGGAAGUCACUGACUCCAAAGGCACGCAGAGGAUGCUUACCCUCCACGAUGUGCUGUACGCUCCUGAGCUGAAAUUCAGCCUUCUCUCGGUACCGGCGGCUGUGAAACAUGAUUUUCGCUUCAGCUUUGAUCGCAAGCAAUGCGCCGUGCAUACCGAGCCGAAGUUCAAGAUCAACGCAAUGAUGGCAACCCAUGCGGAUCUGUACCAAUUCCAGGCCAAACCUGUGAUGAAACAUGAGGCUCUAAUCGCCACCUCAGGAGCCAAGCCAUUAGUGGUCUAG